AUGGAUGACCUCCUAGCAUCGAAGCAAAACUGCGAUGAAGCCACAGGUCUGGCUAAAGAUUUGAUAGGAAUCCUAGCAACUGGCGGGUUUCGCCUAACGAAGUGGAUGUCAAACAGCCGAGAAGUGCUCACAGCAAUCCCUUCGUCAGAAGUGGCGUGCGACAUUAUUCACUUAGAUCGUAAUGGAUUGCCUCAAGAAAGAGCCUUAGGCGUCAAGUGGUGUGCAGAGCAAGAUCUGCUGAGUCUUGAACAAGCGAAGAGUAAAUUCCCAAACACCAAGCGAGGAAUAUUGAGUGCCACGAGUAGCGUGUUUGAUCCCCUAGGCCUUGCCGCGCCCUACGUAAUAAAGGCGAAAGUGAUCAUCCAAGAGUUGUGGAGACGUCAGAUUGAGUGGGAUAGCGAGCUGCCCAAUGAUAUCCUCCAGAAGAGGCAAGGUUCAAAAGAAGGUUUGAAAUCCAACGAUCAUGAUUCCCCGGUGGUAUGGCUUCCACCGCGACCGAUGCCUAAAGCCUUGACCAUUCCGCGUCUGGAGUUACAGGCUGCCGUUGUAGCCACUAGCCUGAGGUCUAAGAUAGUGGAAGAAAUCGACAUUGAAAUCGAUCAAACGCAUUUCUGGAGUGACUCCAGGAUAGUGCUUCACUACCUUAGCAACACCCAGCGGAGAUUUAGCACGUACGUGUCUCACAGAGUUGCUGAAAUCGUCUCGAACUCGGACGUUAACGACUGGCAUCACAUUCCUGGCAAAAUGAAUGUGGCCGAUGACUGCACGAGAGGGAAGGAUAUUCAGCAGUUGACUCCGAAAUGUAGAUGGAUCAGUGGUCCAGAAUUUCUAAUGUUGCCUGAAGCAGAAUGGCCGAGUACUAAAGAGGUACCAAUUGUGGAUGAAACCGAGCUCGAAUUUAAGGGCUCAGUCCUUGCUGUGUCCACUACUUCAUCUACAAACAUGGUGCAAUGGAAGAAGUACUCCUCUUGGAGAAAGCUAAGUCGGCAGUACGCUUGGUGGAUGAGAUACAAAUUCAUUCUGAGACCGCAACGGCUUCUCUCAGAUUCUCUUGCACUCUUGGCCAAGGUGCGUGGCACAGAUGGUGAUAUUUCUGUACAAUACUUCACCGUUUUGAAAGAACUCUGA